UAACAAAUACUGCAUCGGUGGAGCACUUCACAGCAGAAUUUUUUCGGUGGUGAAAAAUUGUGAAAAACAGUGAUUAAUUGUGGAAAAUGAACAUAUUUGUGAUUAUUGAUUGAAAAUUUGUACCGUUUAACAUGGAUUCCAAAAAGGAUAUCUACAAUUUGUGGAUCCAGUAUACGACAAAGAAUGAAGAAAACUACUUCCGGCAAUUCAUUCAAGGAUUCGUUAGCAUUUGGCAAAAUCAACUUCUGCUCGAUUUCAAAAAUGCCCCGCACUGGUCGUCUAUUGCACCUGAUUCCGGACCGCACCUGAAUCGGCUUCCAGAGGAGUUGCUUCCGGCAAUUGAGAAAUUCCUGAUCAUAGCUCGGGACAAGUUCGAAAAGGCUUCCAGUGAUGAUGAAACCGACAAUGAAACAAUAGGCGAGAUUCAGUUGCUAGUUCAAUGUCUGACGAUAAUAAGUCGUCACUUUGACAACAUCGGGACUAUCAUCAAGUCCAGCUACAUAUCAAGUUGUGUAGCCAUUUCAAACUCAAUUAUCGACAAGUUGAACGACUCAGCAUCCGUAAAUGCUGCUAACACUUUGUUCUUGGAAUGCUUCAGCCAGUUUCUGGAAGUGCUGUACGAUCCGUACUUCACGUGGCGCAAUUUUCUGCGAGGUGAAACGGCCGAUUAUGCAAAACUUGCAUACAAGAUUUCACCCAUGCACGCAGAAAUAGUGCCAUUUAUUUACGAUUGCUUCCAAACGAAGCGGAUUUCGCAGCAUCCCAAAAUAGGGGAACACUUGAUUCAUAUCCUAGGUGCGGUAAUAUCCGGAUCGCAGGUAGCAUUAAUUCAAGAACCGAAUCAAAACAUUAACUCUUACCAUCUAAACUAUCCCUCUGGUGAUGGAACUGCUAAUGUGGAUAACGGAUUACGUGCCAUAAGUCCAGCCACAGUUACCAUAAUCAUGGAUAUUCUCUCCAAAUGGGAAAGUGAUUCCAGCCUCCGCCAGCUUGUGCUACAAUGUUUCACAUUGAUGGCAAUCAUAUUGCAAAAAUCUAGUCCUGAACAGCGCCAAAUCGAUCUACUCACUAUUUUUCAACUGUAUCUGGGAGCCAUCCAUACGUUACUGGAGACGGAGCACUUUUUGCAGAAAACAUCCCCUGCCGAAAGCUUCGAAGUUUCGCCUAAUGGCGAUAAUUAUCUCGACGUCGGUGCGCUGAAUGCGAUCAUCGGGAUAAUAGAGAACUUCCUGCCGGGGCACGUCAACAAGCACGUGCUUUGCAAUGCUAUGUUCGAGGCAAAGUUCAUACCCAGUCUGGUGCAGAUUCCUGAACGAGUGAAGCUUUGGCACAUCGACCAUCAAACCUUGGGAUCCUCCUUGGUGCGAAACUUUCACAAGCUUUGCAGUAGUUCGGAGAAAAUUCACUACAAUCUGAUGCAUACCAACAACGUUAACAUUCUGUUCGAUGGGCUUAAACUAUUCGGUCGGCCGUCUCACGACUUGGUGUGCGACUGUUUGUACUUUGCCUUCGAGGGAGGAGAUUAUCACAGUUUGAACGCACGGAUUGUUACCAAAUUGGUGCAGUGGAUUCCUGCCAUGGCUGAGACCGAACAAAACUAUAUCAGCGAUGUACUGCUCAAGAAAUGUUCGGCAACCAUACAAAGUAAACAUGCCAUCUCGGAGCAGCGUAUGAUUAGGUGCAUCGUGGACAGCUGUCUAUCAGAUCAAAACAGACUUACGGCAAAGUGUACUGUAAACUUACUUAAACUGAUCGAAGAACUGGCAAAACACUCCAUACACCCGAUCGAGUUGAAAUGCCUUCUACGGCUGCUCAGGAUCGAAGUUAACUUUGAGUACCGGAAGCAACUGCUGGAAGUGAUUCUCAGAGUUUCACAGUACAGACUUUCGCUCGGGACAACCCCCGUCGAAUAUUUGGACAUACAAAACAAUACCAACGGGAUCACUAUCCCCGAAAUACGUAAAUGGGAUACCGGCCAUGGUUUUGUGUUCCACGCCUGGAUUCGGCUGGACAAGGACGUGGAACAUUUUAACGACGAGGCAGGAAUAAACCUGCAGAACUACCGGAGGCAUUUGUUUAGCUUGACGACCAACUUCGGUACGGGGUACGAGUUUUUCGUGCAGAAGAAUGGGAACUUUGUGGUCAGUGUCAUCACGAAGAAGGAAUUCUUCACGGCUACGGCACAGUCAACACAUUUGCUGGACGGCAGAUGGCACUCAAUCACGGUCAGUGUGGUUCCUCCGAAAAGAUUAUUUUCGUACCAUCAGAUCAACGUUUACAUCGACUCGGUGCAGAAGCUGGGAUCCACCAUGAAGUAUCCAGCGUUUGCGGAGGUAUUCUAUUAUUGUGCCAUUGGUGCCCCAUACAACAACGUUCGAAAGGUGUCGCACACGUCCCACACCUCAAACGCGGCUCGGAUGACAUCAUCGCCGGAAAGUACCCCUCCCCCAGUGGAAAAAGACGAAAAACCUAGAGGCGGCCUCUUCCCGAGCCUAAUGGAGCGCUCGUUUUUCCCGGGAAUUGUUUCACAGGUUCCCAAUUAUUUCACCCUUCCCGCCCGGCAGUCGCCUUCAUCAUUGGAUCCUAGCGUCAAAUCCUACCCAAUCGGAAUGCAAGAUCUGGUGUUUGGAGAAGCCAUUUGCUUGAAGGGGCAGAUUGGCAGUGUUCUACUGGCCGAUACGAGCAUAAGCCUGAAAAGCCUUUUUGAAGCUGGCCCCAGCAUUGCCAAUGUGCUCGCUACCGAUAUGAUCGAAUCGUUUGACAUGGCCUCUAAGUUUGUGUUUUGCUUUUCGCCGAGUGCUUGCUACGACGGACUGUGUUUAGAUCUCGCGCCAGGAAAUCAGUACAACGGCCACGUGGUUGCAAAUGUAUCCAGUAUACUGUCAAUGCAGAAUGCACUCAACGGAGUGGGAGGUAUGAUGACGUUGUUACCAAUUUUGGAUAAUGUUUGUAAGAUCCCAGCGUGCGACAUCCCAACAUCGGAUGAGCUACUUCCACUGACUCCGGUGGCAUCACCAACGAGGGAGGAUCACUUUGGUGAUUGGGAGAUGCUACAGCCAAAUUCUUUGACGGAGAACAAAAUCAUUCAGAAUCCCAUUGCAUGCUUCAUUUGCUUGAUUCGGAACUUUAUCCAUGGGAAUGAUUUGAAUAAGGAAUGCAUGUUGAAGAACGAAGGAAUUCCUCUAAUAAGCCAAUUGCUGCAGACAUGCAACGAGGCGUGGUUUGACGUGAACGUCUUGAUGGCAGUUCAACUAUUGAUCGAGUCCAUUCAAAACGAGAUUCCGUCAGCCAACAUGGAGCUUCUGCAUAUACUCUACAAAGAUUUGGUGUUCAAUUUUCGAAUAUGGUCGAGGGCCCCAUUCCAGAUUGUGAUUGGCCACAUCCAGUACAUCAGUGCAAUAAUUAAAGAUGAUAGAAAAUAUUUCCGGAAACAUUUUGGAACUCAAUUUCUGUUGGAUGUGAUUCAGGAGUACUUUGCUGGGAAUUGCAGUCUUCCGGCGCAGGAUGCCAAAAUGGUUCGUGAAUCGUUUCUUAGGAUUCUUCGUUACUAUCUACAGAAGGAGGUCAACAUCAAAGAGAUAUCCGCCUUACUGACAUUCUUAACCACGGUAAAGUCAGAACCCGUCGUUGUGGAGAUCAUCGAAAUGCUAACCCUGUUGAUAGAAGGAAAACAUGUCAAAGACCAAAUCUUCCUGCUCAUGUAUGAACCGCACAUGGCGGAGGCGCUAUACUCACUGUUCACGGAUCGGAACUUUGGCACUGAGGUCCACAGCCGAUUGCUGAAGUUUAUCGGUGGUAUGCUGAACACCAAACGAAUCUCCAGCAAACACAAAGCGGCGUUGCGUCUCUAUGAGAGUUCAAUCGAGUGUAACAGCUUGUAUCCGGGGUUGUUCUCGUUCAUGAUUCCCUUCGUUCUGGAACCGGAUGUUAUACUCGGUUUGUUAGAUAUGAACCUAUGUCUGGAUUCUGAAAUGGGCUACGCCGGAGCGUUGUGCUUAAUUUAUCACGCAAACUUGGCCAGUUUAUCGCUAAAACUGGAAAUUGCGCGACGACUUAUGACGAGUACCUUUACCAAGUCAAAGGCACCUCAAAUGAUAGCCAAACAAGUGGGGUGGCAAGAAUCAAUUGCACGGUUGCUGAUUAAGAAACCGGUGGAAAAUCGGUCCCUUUCGGAGACGGAAAAGGAAAAAGGACUCAUUUUGACCGAUAUUGAGGAGAUUGUAAAACAGGAAAGUGAGUCUUCAAACGGAACAGGCCAGAAUGAUCUGAUCGUGUUCGAUGACGAAACAAUGGAACUGAAAGCUCAGGAAACCACUAAGCAGUCAAACUCGUUUAUGACGGAAGCUGCUACGGUGUUAGAAAACGAAAUCAAAGAACUUGCCGAUAGUGUGCAGGAGGCAGUGGUUGACAAUAUUACAUCGUCGAUAACAUCGGUUUAUUCGGUUAUCCGGCAAAAAACUUCCGACAUUCAGGAUACGCUUGAAUCUCUCACAUUGAGUUUCGAGGAAGCUUCCGGAAGAAAGAAGAUUUCGUCUUCCUUGUCGAGUAGCAGUGACGAGAAUGCUUCGUUUGACGAAUCAUUGGCAGUGUCGUCCGUGAGAGACGACACACAGUCAACCCGGAGUGCUGAUGAUUUGGAUGGUGGUGUUAUCGGGGGGAUGGAAGAUCCUACGUUGAAGUGUUCGGAAGUAGAUGAUGAAGAAAAUUUAGUGUAUCUAGUGUCGAACAUAUUGUUCACUAUUUUGUGGCGUGGGGUAGAAAAUUCAAAUGAUUCGUGGAAAGAGCGUGGACAAGUGAUAGCGUGUAUCAAUUUGAUUGCAUUAAAUAACGAGUUGUAUUGCUCUCACUUGAGUUUGCGGUUGCGCAUUCUGGAAAUGGGAGUACAAGCGGCUUUGAUCGACUUAGGAGAGAAUGCUCAGCUGGUUGUUACACAUCAGCAGAAUGCAGCUCAAUUGCUUAGAUUGGCUUACGACCUGGUAGUGCUGGAUCCCAAUGAAGAUGAUUUGAAAAAGUGUUCAACAAAAUUAUUAGAUGGUGUGUUAUCCUUGUUGGACAUCCUCAUGGUGUUUCAACAGAGCAGUACGGACGAUUGGUCCGAGAUGUCGCAUGUGUGUUUAGGCUUGUUGUUGAAGUGUUCUCACAAUCCGAAUUCGGAUAUUGUGGCAAUGGCAACCGCCAAGCUUCAUGCUUUGUUGCAAAAUCGAGUGAAUCAAGAUCCCACGGAAAUCGGUUAUUUGCUCUAUAGUUUGAAUCUGGCCAUCAGCAGUGCAAUAGAAGUUGGUAAUUCCGAGCAAUAUUCGUUCUUGAUACCGGUGUUAAAAGCUUUGCUGGAAAAGUCGCGGAUGGUCAUAGGACUGACAACGAAUGCGCCGGAUCUGCCUUCAACGUCGUCGGGGCCGAUUUUCUUCCAAAACUUCCAAAUGUACUGUACGAGCAAGCAGUGGACCACUUUUAUCGAUAAAAAGAUCAAGCCACUGUACAGUGCCUACCAGAAAGACUUAUCCAACUCACUGUGGGAGCCGCUGAACACAUUUUGGGCCGAGUGUUAUGAGUCGUGUAAAUUUUCGUCGCAGCGUCGUGCCAAGCUGCAGAUGGAAAGCCGUCGGAAGUUCCAGGAAAAAAUAUUGAUCCCCUGUCGGAUACGGCAGUCGGAGGAACUGGCACGAAUCACGGUGCAGCAGACUCAGCGGAAGGCGAAAGAUGCGCACAUUGACCGUAGGUGGCACAUACUGAAGCGCUUCUUGUACGGGCCGAAGGGCGCGUGGGCCAAACUACCCUCUGAUGAAGAUUACUGGCGUUUGUCUCACCAUGAGAACAGCGUCCGCAUGCGACUCAAGUUGGAGCCCGAUCUGUACCACGAUUCCCAUACCGCUGCUUCCAAUAUGCGCGACAAUACGACCAGCACCUCCCAGAGUCAACGUCUGUCCGCAGAAUUGAGUUCAUCGAUUGCUUCCGCCGCUCUCGGCGAUGAAGGUGUCGAUGAGGACAUUCUUCUUCUCGAGGAAGAAAUGCGCAACAAUGUGGAACCCCAAGUCCCCGAAACAUCCGGAAAGGAGAAAAUAGUCAUAUCGCAAGAAUGUGAGUUAAUAACCCUAAUGACUAGGGUCAAAGGAAGGCUCGAUCUGACCACCAGCCAGAUAGUGUUUUCCGAAAUUAGUGCCAUACGUGAAGACGGUCAACGUCAUGAUUUCAAAUUUCCAAUCAGUCAAUUAAAAGAGCUUCACCUGCGGAAGUUCAACCUUCGCCGAAGUGCUUUGGAAAUGUUUCUGAUAGAUCAAACAAGUUAUUUUCUCAAUUUUACCACCAAAACGCGAAACAAAAUAUUUACUAAAAUUCUCAGUCUGCAACCUCCAAGCAUACUGUAUGGGUCGGGCCGAUCUCCAGCGGAGCUGCUCCGAUCGUCAGGGUUGACCCAAAAGUGGGUGAAUAAAGAAAUAUCAAAUUUUGAGUAUCUGAUGCACCUCAAUACAAUCGCAGGUCGUUCCUAUAAUGAUCUGAGUCAGUAUCCGGUAUUUCCCUGGAUUUUGGCGGACUAUACAAGCGACAUUUUGGAUCUUAAUGAUCCAAAGUCGUUUAGGGAUCUGAGCAAACCGAUUGGCGUGGUCAAUCCGAAAAAUGAGAUUGAAGUUAGGAAUAAAUAUGAGAGCUUUGAAGAUCCUUCCGGGAUGAUACCAAAGUUCCAUUACGGUACUCAUUACUCGAACUCCGCGGGAGUUCUGCACUACCUCCUCAGGGUGGAACCAUUCACAUCCUUACACAUAGAACUGCAAAGUGGUCGAUUUGAUGUCGCUGAUAGACAGUUCCACUCCAUCCCGCAAACCUGGAAGCUGUUGAUGGACAAUCCUAACGACGUCAAGGAAUUAAUUCCUGAGUUUUUCUACUUCCCGGAGUUCUUGAAGAACAUGAAUCAAUUCGACCUAGGAAUACUGCAACAAACAAAAGAACGAGUGAAUGACGUUGUGCUACCUCCAUGGGCAAAAUCUGCGGAAGAUUUCAUUGCGAUCCAUCGGCGAGCGUUGGAAUCUGAGUACGUAUCGCAAAAUCUUCACCACUGGAUCGACCUAAUAUUUGGGUGCAAACAGAAGGGGCCUAAAGCUGUCGAAGCGUUGAAUGUGUUCUAUUACUGCUCGUACGAGGGAGCAGUUGACCUCGAUAAAAUUUCCAAUUCCGUUGAACGAGAAGCAGUGGAAGGCAUGAUUAACAAUUUCGGUCAAACUCCGUCGCAACUACUAAGAGAACAUCACCCCAAACGACUUUCCCAGGACGAAUUGACAUUGAAGCUGUUGAAACUGGAACUCAAGAAACCCGACCUGACGCUGAUCCUCGAUCGAGUCAAUUCUAUUAAUUGUGAGCUAUCCACAGACAAAGAUCCAGUCAUCUAUCUCAGCACGCCGCGUAGUCCUCCUCGCUCAUUUUUGCAAACCAGCCCGGACAUGUUGAUUUCUGUUACGAAAAAUGGUAUCCUCGGCUGCCACAGCUGGAUGUCAUUCGACAAAGAGAAAGGAUUUUUGCUUGAAAUCGAUGCCACCACAUCCAAUCUGAAAAACCGCAAGAAACUAAUCGGCCCAUUCCAUCCUUCGAUAAAUUUGAAUUCGAAUCUAUUCGCUGUUAGCGUCGAUGGCAAAUAUUUGUAUGCCGGUGGCAUCUGGGACAAUUCAGUUCGUAUGUUCAAUAUGGCACGGGGAAAAGUAGUCGCAUCGGCGAUCCAUCAUUUCGAUGUAGUAACAUGUGUAGCAUUGGACAGUUGCGGUUCAUAUCUGGUGACCGGUUCCAAGGACUGCACCUGUAUCAUAUGGUCGAUCAGCAAUGGCAACGCAAGUGGCGCCUCCGGUGCGUCAAAUCUUCAACCAAACACGGCGGCAUUGAAUCAAAAUCUGGCAGGAAACGUCGUGGGAAGUGCCAACGUAGUUCAUCUGACCAAUAACCUCACGCCCAAACCGAUGCAUACGCUGUAUGGCCAUGAUGGGCCUGUUUCGUGUGUUUCCAUAAUGACGGAACUGGAUAUCGUCGCAUCGGGAUCGUUGGACGGUACAGUAAACGUGUAUACGGUAAAAGAAGGUCAAUUUGUAAGGACAAUAAACCCUGUAGGCUGUACGGGUUCAAACAUACAGAUUUCGUUUAUCACUCUUUCCUAUCAAGGCCACAUCGCAUUCUCCGCACUGGAUGACACCUCUCACUCAGUCCAUGUUUUCAGUAUUAAUGGUAUUAAUUUAGGUUCCAAGUACGUUUCCGGCAGGGUCACCGGUUUGACCACUGCGUCCGAUUAUCUAGUCGUAUCCGAUGAUGCUGGCGACCUCACGAUGAGUCGGUUAUAUGGAUUGAAGCCCAUAUUUGACAUUCCGUUGCAUAUUCCUACGCAAACAAUUGUGGCUACCGGCGGCAAUACGCACCUCCUGGCACCACUUCGUGACGGCAGCCUGGCUGUGAUUGGUAUCAUGCAACCGAUUGCUUACAAGAAGCAUGCUGUUUUAAACGUCUAGAUCGGUUUCAAUAUGUGUAGAACUAGUGCAAAUCAAUUAUUUAUUUACCCAGUAUUUAUUUUUAGUAGGCCUUUUUACUAAACUUUUUUACCAUUUGAGAACGAAAUAGUUUCUACCAUUAAUUUGACUAGAAUUUUGUAUUUGUUGUGAAGUAAAUAUCAGGAUUUCGAGACUACUUUAUACGAGUUAAAAUCCAAAAAUACAACUUAAAUUAGUAUAUAGACGUUCGCUUGAUCACCGCAUCAGGUUGAUUAUUUUGACAAAUAAGAACAAUAAUAGGCAAAACGUAAAACAAUUAGAUACCUACAUCGGCGAAGACAAAGCUUUACGUAUUGUUUACAUGAGGUAGAAAGGGCUGCAUAUAGUUUAGUUUUAGAUAAAAUGUUACUUGAAAAUGCAUGUUGUUAUUUUAUGGACGUAUAAUGUAGAAAACGUAUAUUAUAAUCAAAAUAAAAAAACAGUUGUAAACUA